UUUGUUGUGUAUAUGCGUAGGGUCGUUGAGAAACCUGUGUCCUGUAUAUGGUAUAUCUUUAAUCGUGGGAAAGAGUAAAGACGUAAAGUACUCACUAGUGUCACUACUGACCAGUGUUUCUCAGUCGUCACGGACUACAAAUCUUGGCUUUACGGUCGACCGAUGACCGAAUAAAUGUUUAUGGACGUCAGACGACGUGCACUCGAGAUUUCCUUUCGUGGCUGACGCGAUUAGAUAUUUACAGAUCAUUAGCCGCCGUAACGCCGAUCUGAAAUGAAUACACCCGAGGGAUCUUCUGCGGCCGGGACGCCGUCUACGAUUUCGUUGGAUUCGCUUCCCGUCGAGAUAUUUCUAAUGAUUUGUGAACGUACUGAUGCUGACACACUGGUUAGGUCGUUGAGGUUUGUCAACAAACGGUUCUACGACAUAAUCAGUGACACCUACCGAUGGAAGAAAAGAGCCAUGCGUACAUGUAAUGAUUGCGAUAUACCGUUCAUGAUGACUGAGAAUUACAACGAAAACACAUUUAAUUGGAUGCAAUAUGCCUGGCACACAGAAGUGGAAGACAGUUGUUGGAGCGAAUAUGAGACAAAAACCACUACUACUGUUUUUAGUGGAGCUCAUUUUUCGGAAGUGGAUGCCGUUCUUAUGGCUAAAGACGGUAAUCAUUGUUUUUCUGCAUCAAGAGAUCGUUCUAUAUGUUUGUGGAACACGAUGGAUACAGUAGAGAACCCUGUCCCUGUGGUACACAAAGUAGACAGCCAUUUAGGAUGGGUAUGGGAUUUAGGAAUUUAUGAUGAUGAUCAUUUUUUAUCAUGUUCUUGGGAUUCAAAAGUCAAAUUAUGGAAUACGAGCAAUUUCAUGCCUUCUGCACAACCAAUACACACCUUUAGUACUGACGCAGCUGUGUUGUCAAUUACAAGCAAAGAAAAUUUUAUUGCUGCCGGAUUAUAUACUCCUAAGAUUAUUGCAUUUGAUCCUCGGGAACCUGAAAAACGACUAUUUGAACUACUACAUUCUCAUUCACGUAGUAUUAUUGAUUUAUGCUUAAUAGAAGAUUAUUAUUUGGUAUCAAUGAGUGAAGACAAAACUGUAUCUAUUUAUGAUUUGCGUAAAAAUAGAACUGUCAAAGCUAUGCUCCUCUCUAUUAAAAGCAGUAGAUUUCCAAUGUGUGGUUCUUACUAUGACAAUAUACUAUUUAUUGGCGAUAAUCGAGAUGGUAUGUACUGGUUGGACUGUUCAGAUGGGUUGUUUGAUGUUAUCGAGGUUGUGAAUCUUGCAAAGCCUAUAAAUGACAACGUCCGAAACUACAAGCUUAAUUGCAUUAAAUGUACUAAUUACGGUAGUAUUAUGACUGGGGGAAAUGAAGGAGCUGUUUACAUUUUAACUCCAACAAAUCCUGCAAAAGUUAUAGCCAAAAUUCAACAUUCCACCAGUUCAGAAAUAACUUCAAUUGACUAUCAAAAUGAUACUUUAGUUGUUGGAUAUGUCAGCAGCAAUGUACAAGUAUGGAAAAAAAAAUAGUUAUAUCUGUGAUAUCCAAAUACAUUUCACUGCCUUUAAUUCUCAAUUAUUAUAAAUUAUAAUGCAAAAUUGUAAAUAUUAAUUGUUUUUUAUGAAUAAUUUAAUAAUGCAGAGAAUCGUUUAAAAUAUUUUAUUUUAAGAAUAUUAGUCCUUUAUUUUUGACACAAUUUGAAAUUUGAAACUAACCUAAAAUUAUCGUAACAAAGUAUUAUAAUUUAUAUCGAACACAAAACUCAAUAAUUAUACAUUUUAUAAAUACCACUGUUAAAACCCGGUUAUUUCUUUUUCUUUUUUACCACUUUUAUACAUUAUACUAUGUUUAACUAAUAAGUAAAACUUAUUUCAUCUAAUCCUAAAAAUAAUAAAAAUUACCUGACCUAUUAUUUUAACUAAAACAACAAUGGAUCAGUUCUAUUUUACAUGAUCUACUAAUUUGUAAUAUUUUUUAGUAAUUUUUUAUAUAAUAUUUUUGUUCCUUUGGAUUAUGGCUCACUUCUGGACCCUAGUCGUAAAUAAGUAUUAAUAAUUAAUAUUAAUAUCCUAUUUGAUAUUAUUAACAAAUAAUAUUACAUUUAUUUUUCAGUACUUCAAUUCAAUAAAUAACUAUAUUAUAAGCAUUAUUAUUUAUAUUUAUAUUAAUAUAUUAUUAACUAUUAUAGUUUUAAAUGAUUUAAUUUAAUUUAAAUUCAUUACCAUGACAAUACAUUGUAACACUGCCUUCUAAAAUUAUAAAUGAUUAAUAUAUUUUAACCAUAUGUGUAUAAUACCCUUUAUAUUGAAAGAUAAUAUAAAAUAUAUAUUUAUAAA